GAAAACUUUGAUGACGAUGGGAGGAUUAAGACUUUGAUGUGGACAAAUAGCCGAAGCAGGAUGCAGUACGAGCAUUUUGGUGAUGUGGUCAGUUUCGAUACAACAUUCAAGACCAACCGCUAUGAUAUGCCUUUUGGAUUAUUUGUUGGAGUCAAUAAUCAUUUCCAAACGGUCCUGCUUGGAGGCGUGCUAAUGACUGAUGAGAAAAUUGAGAGCUUCAUAUGGGUGUUCAGGGAAUUCGCAUCGGUGAUGGGUGGGCAAGCGCCGAAAACUAUAUUGACAGAUCAAUGCAGAGCAAUGGAUGUAGCGAUUGCAGAGGAGUGGCCUGACACGGUGCAUCGUUGGUGCAAGUGGCAUGUUUUGAAAAGAGUAAAAGAAUGUGUAGGACCUAAGUAUACUAGUAACAAGGAAUUUCGUGACAAAUUUCAUCUUAUGCUGAAUGAGAUGUUAACUACAGAUGAGUUUGAAAGUAGCUGGGUCAUCUUACUGAAGGAAUAUGGUCUAGAAAAAAAUGCUUUCUUGACUCAAAUUUAUGAAACCAGGCAUAAAUGGGUGAAGAGCUACUUCAAGGGUGUUUUUUGUGCACAGAUGACUAGCACACAAAGAAGUGAGAGUGCUAAUCAUAUGCUAAAGAAUAUACUUUCACCAAACUGUCCUUUGCAUCAUUUUAUACAGCAGUACAUGAAGAUGCAAUACAUCAGAGAUGAAGAUGAGUACUACGAGGAAAGGCGUAACAAGCUGAAUUCCAAGAAACUUGCAACUGGAGGGCCUCUAGCAGUACAGGCGCACAACACUUAUACUCUUAAAGUAUUUGCAUUAUUUAUACAGCUGAAAGAGGAUUCAGAGUUCUACAGAAGUAUAGAAGUUAUACCCGGGGAGGAAUAUAUUGCUGAGCACUAUGAUCUUAGUCGUGUGCCGCGAUGGUGCAAAGGGCGUUACAGAGUGCAGGCCUCCUGUGCUGGGACAAAAUAUGUGUGCGAGUGUGGGCUAUUCGAGCAUUUUGGUUUACCUUGCAGCUAUAUAUUACGGGUUUUGAUCAGUAAUGGAGUGGAGAGAAUUCCAGAUUCCUUGAUUCUGCAGCGCUGGACUGUGGGUGCACGGCAUAUUGUCCCGGAGGGCCUUUCCCAAUACAAGAAGGACAAUCCUGCACUAUUGGCACAAACAUACAGACAUUCUUCUUUAAUGCUGAAAGCUCUUCGAUUCGUAGAGAUGGGAGAUAGCAAUGUGCAGAGUCACACCAUGGCUAUGAAGCUGAUUGAUGAUGCUAUAGAGGCUUUAAAAGAAGUUUCCAGAGAGAAAGAUGGUCUGGGAUUGUCUCAUAAGCCAAGAGAUGCAGUGCAGGCAAACGAAGAAGAGGAAGAAUUUGUUGAAUUUCCGCAGCGGGUGCCGAAGAAGAAAAGUGAACGUGGCCGACCUUCAAGCAGAAGGCCCCGAGCUGGGCAUGAGAAGCUAUCUCGGCGUCCGCGGUUCUGCAGCAUAUGCCGUAGCGACAAGCAUACCAUGCAAAACUGCCCCGACCGGGACAAUAGCACGAAGAAGACAAGGAAGCCACCAACUUGCAGCGGCUGUGGGGUCACGGGGCACUCAGUGGACCGUUGUCGUGGUAGGCAGCAACAGCUUGUUCCUGCUGAGUUCAUAUUCCUUUAGACGCUGCGUCUUCAUCGUUCUGAAGCAAAUAAUGUUCCUGUCAAGGUAGCAAUGACGCGAGUGUAUGUGUAAGAUGGUAAGCGUCCUGACCUGCGUGUAGGACAGCUCUGCUUGUGCAAAACUUUGAUGUCAUUUAACUUGCUGUAAUUGUAUUUCACGGCCAAAUUUGUGGUGCGAGGAGUUGUGAACAUUAUGUCCAACUUUAAAUAUGAGCUAGUAUCACAUUGCCGAGAUA